UUCCGGAGUAGUGAUAGUUGGCUGUUUAGAGCAGACCGACUUCGGAAUAGUGAUGUACUCAGUACAUUCAAAGAUAAUGUAUUCAUGGCCGUAGUACCAGAUCUUGAAAUGAUUCCGCCACAUGCGCACGAGGAAAACUGGCUAGAUAGCGACAUCCCAGCUAUAGGGGCAAUCUAUCGCCUGCAGCCAGAGCAGGCAGAUAGCACUGAUGAGAACACUCUUCUUAGUGUACGGGAGCUUAGUGAGAAGCUUAGCUUUGAUCAUGUAUGGCGAUGGCUCGAAAUUUGUCGGGACAAUCACGGCAACGCUUGUAUGCAGCGUACAUCGAACGAACCCAUCUUGCGAGGCUUUAGGCUCAUCGACUGUACCAAGCAUCCGCCUGUCGUAGAGGAAAAACCUUGGGGAACUACAUAUGCUGCUCUAAGCUAUGUCUGGGGAUCGAAGCCGGAGGACGCGAAAGACUGGCCCGAGACGGUGUUGGACGCGGUCGAGGCAACAAGGGAACUGGGUUUGCAGUACCUAUGGGUUGAUCGCCUCUGCAUCAAUCAGUCUGAUUUAGCUGAAAGAGCAUACCUCAUUUCGCGCAUGACGACGAUUUAUGAAGAAGCGCAGUUCACAGUUGUAGCAGCAGCUGGUUCUGGCGCGAGCCACGGUCUUCCCGGCGUUCGAUCAACUCCCCGAAUACCGCAGCCAAAGUACUAUCUCGAUAGUGGGAACCUACUAUUAUCAACACUCCCAGACCCUCGCCGCGAUAUCCUUGAGUCGCCAUACUGGACUCGGGGUUGGACCUAUCAAGAAGGCGUUCUUUCCAAUCGGCACGUAGUCUUCACGGACACUCAAGUCUACUGGGAAUGUCGCUGCAUGGCUACUCACGAAACUGCUGAUAUGACGCUCUUCCACAUGUUUGCAUCCACCGAGGAGAAUUCAGAUUCUGUAAUGGCAGACUUUAUGUUGUCUGGGAUUUUCAAGGGGGCAACGUAUAGUGGCGGAAGCAAUGGGAAUCAGGACGAUCUGGUCAUCGCGAAAGACGAGGUCUAUCGCGUGGACCACGGCUUCCCAACACAUCAGGAAGUAACUGUCCGAUCGCAGUUGAGAGGUCUCAACGAGCACAUUCGUGAAUUCUCUAGAAGAAACUUGUCACGCGAUACGGACACUCUAUUCGCUUUCCAAGGUAUAGUCGGAUUGUACGAGCAAACCACGUCAUUGUACCUGUUUCACGGGAUACCUAUGUGGGUGGGCGACAUUACCGGAAAUGUGGCCGGUGCAAGAGUAACCUUUGCCUUGUCGAUUUCAUCCUGGUACAACCGAUCGGGCUCACUUCCUCUCAUGUUUGUGUCUGAGCCGUGUCAGCGAAAGACCCAUCUACCGUCGUGGACGUGGGCAGGAUGGCGCGGCACCGUUUCCUGGCGCGCUCCUCCCAACUUGGAACAUUGUGCCUAUAUGAGCGACCUUAUCAAAGCUACAAGCGAGCCUCUUGUAUGGGCCGCAGAUAUCCUCCUUCACAAAGCCGACUGGUCGUCUUCGAUUUGCCUGCAGAACACACACUCAGCCGCCAGUCUCGCAAGCGAGGCAUUGACCUUGAUCGAAAUCAAGGUACCCUUUAUCCUGAACACCUGGGAGCGAUCCACGUCCCACAGCUGCAACUGGGACACGAAAUGGUACAGAAUAGGCCGCCGGCUAGCUUUCAUCGGCAUGUCGGUUGAGAUGACCGCGGCGCAGUGGACUGCUAAGCAUACCUCUGGAGAAUUAAUCAGCGUUCUGAUAUUUGCGGGGAAAUAUCUAGACAGUGAACAUGGCACUGCUCGGUACCUAACCUUGCGGAAGGUAGCGUCUACGCCUGAGCGCUGGGAGAGGAUCGGCACACUCUACCUUAUAAUCCCUUUUCUAAUAGGGAAAUUGAACACUCAAGACCUCUUUAAAAAGAUACCCGGCCGUGCACAAAACCGGACGAUAAUUAUCCAAUGAAGGGAGUCGGCGCUCGCAAACCCUCACAG